CCGGGGCGGGGAGCGGAGGCCAUGGCGGCGGCGGGGAGCGGCGCCUCCGGGAGCGGGAUGGCGCAGAAGACGUGGGAGCUGGCGAAUAACAUGCAGGAGGCGCAGAGCAUCGACGAGAUCUACAAGUAUGACCGCAAGCAGCAGCAGGAGAUCCUGGCGGCCAAGCCCUGGACCAAGGACCACCAUUACUUCAAGUACUGCAAGAUCUCUGCCCUGGCGCUGCUGAAGAUGGUGAUGCACGCCAGGUCCGGCGGCAACCUGGAGGUGAUGGGGCUCAUGCUGGGCAAAGUGGACGGGGAGACCAUGAUCAUCAUGGACAGCUUCGCCCUGCCUGUGGAGGGCACCGAGACCCGCGUCAACGCGCAGGCCGCCGCCUACGAGUACAUGGCUGCCUACAUCGAGAACGCCAAGCAGGUCGGACGCCUGGAAAAUGCCAUCGGCUGGUACCACAGUCACCCAGGCUACGGCUGCUGGCUCUCGGGGAUCGAUGUCAGCACCCAGAUGCUUAAUCAGCAAUUUCAGGAACCCUUCGUAGCAGUGGUUAUUGAUCCAACAAGAACAAUAUCUGCAGGAAAAGUAAAUCUUGGAGCUUUUAGGACAUAUCCUAAGGGCUAUAAACCUCCAGAUGAAGGUCCCUCUGAAUACCAGACUAUUCCACUCAAUAAAAUAGAAGACUUUGGUGUACAUUGCAAACAGUAUUAUGCUUUAGAAGUCUCAUACUUUAAAUCAUCUUUGGAUCGUAAAUUGCUUGAGCUUUUAUGGAACAAGUACUGGGUGAACACUCUCAGUUCUUCUAGUUUGCUUACUAAUGCUGACUACACCACCGGCCAAGUCUUUGAUUUGUCUGAAAAAUUAGAACAGUCAGAAGCUCAGCUUGGAAGGGGCAGUUUCAUGCUGGGUUUAGAGACUCAUGACAAGAAAUCAGAAGACAAACUUGCAAAAGCAACAAGAGACAGCUGCAAGACCACCAUAGAAGCUAUACAUGGAUUGAUGUCUCAGGUUAUUAAGGAUAAACUUUUCAAUCAAAUUAAUAUAGCUUGAAGUGCAUCACCAGUUGAUAUGGAUCUCCAAAGCAGAAAAUAUCAUAGUUUCUUUUGCUUGGACUUGUUCAAUUUGGGAAAUGAAGCUGAAGUGGAAAAUUAUUCAUCUAAUUUGUAGUACUUUUAAUAUUUCCCACCUGUCUGACCAGUUUUAAAGAACAAAAUGUUCCAAAAUGUAGUACAACUUUUUGUUCUUUAUCAUAAAACCAGUUUGCAGAAUUGUUCCAAAGGAAAAUAAAUGUGACUUACUGGAUUUUGCUCUUAGAUAUUUAUCUCUAUUAUCCAACUGCAAUAAAAGAAUUUUGAAACUAAA